CCUAUCUUGGCCUUUUCUUCCUCCUUCCAUCCAUUCUCAAGCCUUUCCAAGGUUCUCUCUCCCCUUCGUGCAGUGGUUCGACCCAUCUCCGCUAGGUAUCGGGGGCCUGGGUGUCGGUGCGCAUGCGUGAGCUCCAGCUGAGCGCGGCCGGGGCUCCGCGACCCACGGCGUAGUGCCGGUGCUUGGGGCCCGGGGAGGGCCGUCGCCAUGGCAGCGCCGGCCACGCGGUGAGGGGGCCGCCCUCCCGGCUGGUCGCUCCCGCAGCCUCGCUGCCUGCUGGUGGGAACCGUGAGAUUCCGCCCCCGACUGGGCGCCUGCCGAGUGCCUCAUCAGCCAGACGAGCGCCCUGUAGAGACCGCCAGGCAAUAAUGAAGGUUCUUUUACUGAAAGACCCUAAGGAGGACGACUGUGGCCAGGAUCCCUACAUCCGGGAAUUAGGAUUAUAUGGACUCGAAGCCACUUUGAUCCCUGUUUUGUCAUUUGAGUUUUUGUCUGUUCCCAGUUUUUCGGAGAAGCUGUCUCACCCUGAAGGUUACGGGGGCCUCAUUUUUACCAGCCCCAGAGCAGUGGAAGCAGUGGAGCUGUGUUUGGAGAAAGACAAUAAAACCGAAGUCUGGAGAAAGUCUCUGAAAGAAAAAUGGAAUGCUAAGUCAGUGUAUGUGGUGGGAAAUGCUACUGCUUCUCUAGUGAAUAAAAUUGGCCUGCAUACAGAAGGAGAAAACUGUGGAAAUGCAGAAAAGCUUGCAGAGUACAUUUGUUCUAGGGAGUCGUCAGCACUGCCUCUUCUGUUUCCCUGUGGAGCCCUCAGAAGAGAAAUCCUGCCGAAAAUGCUCAAGGACAAAGGGAUUCCCGUGGAGAGCUUAACUGUCUACCAGACGAUCCCACACCCAGGAAUCCAGGGGAACCUCAACAGCUACUAUUCCCAGCAGGGCAUUCCAGCCAGCAUCACGUUUUUCAGUCCCUCUGGCCUGACACACAGUCUCAAGCAUAUUCAAGAGUUAUCUGGUGACAACAUUGACCAGAUUAAGUUCGUGGCCAUUGGGCCCACCACAGCCCACGCCCUGGCCGCGCAGGGCCUGCCCGUGAGCUGCACCGCAGAGAGCCCCACGCCGCGAGCCCUGGCCGCGGGCAUCAGGACGGCGCUCCAGCCCCACGGAUGCUGAGUCGGAGGCCCCGGCGCCCUCCCUGGGCGGAGCUGCCCCUGUGGGCCCAGGGCCAGGUGCUACCGCGUCCCGGGGGAGCCGGGCAUCGGGCAGGGGCUCCCGGGAAACCGCCCCCCUUCACACUCCUGCUCCGCGCCCGGGGGAACCGCCGCCAACACCGAGGCUGGGCCGGGACCCGGGGCCGCGUCAGGCCCACGUGCGCCUGACGUCCCUUCGUGGAGUCCAGCUGGGACCCCCGCCCGGCGCACGCGGCUCCUCUGGCAGCAGGAAGGAGACCAAAUAAAGUGCACUGGCCACUCACGCUGACUGUGCCUUGUUACUUGCUGUCUGUGGUUUCAGUGCAAAGCUGUGUUUGGUGCCCACGUUCUGAGAACUGACAAACCUGGUAUGAAUAAUAAAGUCUGCUGUGUGUGAA